GGCAGCCGCUGCCGCUGCCGCUGCUUUCCUUCCCGUCUCCGCUCCACUCUCCCAGUCUCCCCUCCGCCUCGCUGCUCGCUCUCCGCCAGCGCCAGCCGUCUCCUCGAUCCCGGCAUCACCGGCGUGGGAGCGUAGGCUCGCUUGCCUCAGGGUUGGGCUCCGCUUUGGGAUUGAUUUGGUUCCGCCGACCGGCCUCCGGAUUCGAGGCCGAGCUCCGCUGUGGCUUGCCGGCUCGUCGCCAGCGAUUCGAAUUCGAAUCCAGAGGAACGAGAUCGACGGCGCCGCCGGGACCGAGCGAGUUCCGGCCGCCAAUGCCGCCGCCGCUCCUUCUCCUGCUCCUCCUGCUGGCCGCGUCGACGGCGCCGGCGCCGGCGCGGGCGGGGGACCCCUACGCCUACUACGACUGGGAGGUGUCGUACGUCUCCGCGCAGCCGCUCGGCGUCAAGCAGAAGGUGAUUGGCAUCAACGGGCAGUUCCCGGGCCCGCCGCUGAACGUGACGACCAACUGGAACGUGGUGGUGAACGUCCGCAACGCGCUGGACGAGCCGCUGCUGCUCACCUGGAACGGCGUGCAGCAGCGCAAGACCGCGUGGCAGGACGGCGUGCUCGGCACCAACUGCGCCAUCCCCGCGGGGUGGAACUGGACCUACGCGUUCCAGGUCAAGGACCAGGUCGGCAGCUUCUUCUACUUCCCCUCCACGCCGCUGCACCGCGCCGCCGGGGGUUACGGCGGCAUCACCAUCAACAACCGCGACGUCAUACCCAUCCCCUUCGGGUUCCCCGACGGGGACAUCACGCUCUUUAUCGGUGACUGGUAUAACCGCGGCCACAAGGAGCUCAGGAGAGCGCUCGACGGUGGCACCUUGCUGGGCGCCCCAGAUGGCGUGCUCAUAAACGGAUUGGGACCCUACCAGUACAACACGUCUCUGGUUCCGCCGGGGAUCGUCUAUGAGCGGAUCAAUGUCGAGCCAGGGAAAACUUACAGGUUCCGGGUACACAAUGUUGGCGUUUCCACAAGCCUCAACUUCAGGAUCCAGAAACAUAACCUGCUCCUUGUGGAGACCGAAGGCUCCUACACCUCACAGCAGAACUACACCAAUUUGGACAUCCAUGUUGGCCAGUCAUACUCCUUCUUGGUCACCAUGGAUCAGAAUGCCAGCACUGAUUACUAUGUGGUCGCAAGCGCCCGCUUUGUUGGUGCUGCCGUUGUUGAUAAAUUGACUGGCGUUGCUAUUCUACAUUAUUCCAACUCCCAGGGUCCUGCCUCCGGCCCUCUUCCAGAUCCCCCGAAUGAUCAGUACGACACAUCAUUCUCUAUAAAUCAAGCAAGAUCCAUCAGAUGGAAUGUUACAGCUGGUGGUGCUCGGCCCAAUCCGCAAGGUUCAUUCCAUUAUGGUGACAUUACAGUGACAGAUGUGUAUCUAUUACAGAGUAGAUUACCUGAGCUCAUCGAUGGGAAGCUGUGUUCUACUCUGAAUGAGAUUUCUUACAUUGCUCCAUCGACUCCUUUGGUACUUGCUCAACUAUUCAAUGUGCCAGGAGUCUACAAAUUGGAUUUUCCUAACCAUCCAAUGAACCGACUACCAAAAGUUGAUACAUCUAUUAUAAAUGGAACCUAUAAGGGCUUCAUGGAGAUUAUAUUCCAAAACAAUGCCACAUCUGUGCAGAGUUACCACUUGGAUGGCUAUGCAUUCUUUGUUGUUGGGAUGGACUAUGGAUUAUGGACAGAAAACAGUCGUGGCAUCUAUAACAAAUGGGAUGGUGUUGCACGCUCUACAAUCCAGGUAUUCCCAGGGGCUUGGACAGCUGUUCUUGUGUUUCUGGACAAUGCAGGCAUAUGGAAUUUGCGUGUGCAGAAUCUUGACACUUGGUACUUGGGGCAAGAAGUGUACAUCAAUGUGGUUAACCCAGAGGACAACAGUAGCACUCUUCCUGAUAACGCAAUUUUCUGUGGUGCACUCUCAAGCCUACAAAAAGAGCAAUCUCAUAGAUUUGUGUAUUCAGAAGCUUCGCCGGUUGCCCCGUGGAGGAACAUGGUUUCUUUCCUGUUUUUGUUGGCAUCCUUCACUACAUGGUUGCAAUGAUCCUAUCCACACCUUCAGUUCGUCUACUGCAGGUAUGAAACACCCGGGGGAAAUUGCUAGUUUUGGGAGAAAGCCGGCCUGGAUGAUGUCAAUUUGAUGAUUCUUAUCUAGAGUUUGGUGGUUGAUUUGGCUAGCGUCGAGUGACCUGAAUGCAACUCCCAAAAGUGGGAGAGAUGCAGAGGGGUGGGGUAAAAAAAAAUUUCCCCUGGACAAGUGCAGGUAAAUAAUGCACUUGGUGUUGGCGGGUGAGUUGAUUAUUCUGUAUGUAAUUCGACUGGUUAAUCGAUUAAAGACCACUAUUGUUUUACUUAUAGUCGAAUACAAAUAAAAUGCAAAUCGUGUUGAAGUUGUA